CUGGGGACGAAGCAGUCAGAGGACUUUCUGAGUCACCGUCGAAAGAGGGCCGAGCCGCCAUUUUGAAGCUGGGCAAAACGAAGCAAGAAAUGCUGCCAUAUUGGAUGUUGCCAGCAUUGGUGCUGGGGCGGUGGGGGGUUAGGUUGGAGGAAGAGAGAACCCUUAUUUAUUAUGGGCAGAUGAAGCCAGGCCGCUGCCAUGUCGUUAAUGGUCACCACUUUGCUCGAUCUCUGUUGAAGAAGUUGAUUAUGGGCGAGGGACGUUGGGUCGCUUGCCUUAGUAUACUAUGGUUAUGAGUGAGCAUAUGCGGAGGGCCACAUUACUUGGGGUCAGAUCGAAAUGGUCUAGGCUUGUUGCGCAAACUGAAGCCUUUCUUUCGCCAUCUUUCUUACGAUCACUCUGCUGUCGCCGUUCCCCACUGAUCCUGAUGAAGCCCCUGUGGCUGCCAUUUUGGUCUCCGGAGGCCCAGAUGAGGGAGGGGUAGCUACGCGGAAGUGACGCAAGACACCGCCAUGUCCUUUGAGGGCGGCGACGGCGCUGGACCGGCCAUGCUGGCUACGGGCACGGCGUGGAUGGCGUCGGGGCGCCCUGAGGAGCUGUGGGAGGCCGUGGUGGGGGCCGCUGAGCGCUUCCGGGCCCAGACGGGCACGGAGCUGGUGCUGCUGACUGCUGCCCCACCACCGCCACCCCGUCCGGGCCCCUGUGCUUAUGCAGCCCACGGCCGGGGGGCCCUGGCAGAGGCUGCCCGCCGCUGCCUUCAUGACAUCGCCCUGGCCCACAGGGCUGCCGCUGCUGCCCGGCCCCCAGUGGUCCCCCCAGCACCACAGCCACCCAGUCCCGCACCGAGCCCACCCCGGCCUACCCUGGCCAGGGAGGAUGAUGAGGAAGAUGAGGAUGAGCCAACAGAGACAGAGACCUCUGUGGAUCGGCUGGGCAUCAGCGAUAAUGGAGGGCUCUUUGUGAUGGAUGAGGAUGCCACCCUCCAGGACCUGCCCCCCUUCUGUGAGUCAGACCCUGAGAGCACAGACGAUGGCAGCCUGAGUGAGGAGACCCCUGCUGGCCCCCCAGCCUACUCAGUGCCCCCAGCCUCAGCCCUGCCCACGCAGCAGUACGCCAAGUCCCUGCCCGUGUCUGUGCCUGUCUGGGCCUUCAAGGAGAAGAGGACAGAGGCUCGAUCAUCAGACGAGGAAAAUGGGCCGCCCUCCUCGCCCGACCUGGACCGCAUCGCAGCGAGCAUGCGCGCGCUGGUGCUGCGGGAGGCGGAGGACACCCAGGUGUUCGGGGACCUGCCGCGGCCUAGGCUCAACACCAGCGACUUCCAGAAGCUGAAACGGAAAUACUGAGGCUCAGGGAGCGAGUUUGCAGGCCCUGGGUCCUCCCAGCACCACACUACACCACCGUCCCUCCCCCGAGGCCCGCCCAUCCGAAUCAGAGCCGGGACCGCCUCCCCCUCCCACCCCGUCCCGUCGCGUCCCUCGGGGCCCCCAGGAUUUACCAGCCCUGCCAAUUCCCGCCGCCCUCCCAACCCACGGCCUUCUGCGCGGAGCAGCGGGAUCUGUCCGGCCCUCCGAUUGGUCCGUUGCCCCUUUGUCCAGCAACAAAUCCUUCGUACGACGGGAUUGGCUGGCUCCCCGGUGGGGCGUGGCUAGCCCUGGUCCCUAAGUGGGCCAGCUCUGUCGUUCUCCUCCCGGCGACGCGGGCUUGGCUCGGGAGGCACUGGCUCCGUCCCGGAAGAGCACAGGCAAGUCCCUGGCUUGGGUGGCGGUGCGCCCUCGGUGGGCGGCUCCUUCGUCUGACUGGCUGAAGCCUGUAAAGGGCCUGACUGACCGGCGUCCUCCCUUCCUUCCUUUUCCCACCAUAUUGGCUCCCGCCCCCCGGGGGCGUGGCCAAGCCGUCCCUUGCCCAGAAUUGGCCUGCGGCCUUCAAUUGACGUUCUUUACACUACUGGGGCUGGGGUCGUUUUUGCCCAAGUCUUGAAAACUUGUCCCCCUGACCCCCUCAGGGAUGGCCCAGUUCGGUCCCUGCCUCCGACACCCCGUCGUUGGUUCAAUCCCACAACAGCCUGCCAAUGGAAACCCGUCCCUGCGUCCGGGACGGCACCAGCUCCCGCUUCUCGUCCCCCUCCCCGUCCCCACAGGUGCCUUAAAGGGCCCUCGUCCACCCAAGGUGGGGGACAGAGGUCCUCACUCUCCGGCCCUGGUGUGGGGGAGAGUGUGGGGGUUGGGGAUCGGGAGUUGGGGCGCUCUGAGAUUAAAGAGUUUUACCUCUGACAAA